AUGAAGCGGCGCAAUGCGGACUGCAGCAAACUCCGUCGCCCGUUAAAACGGAACCGAAUUACCGAGGGUAUUCAUAGCAGUACCUUCCUUUACCUGAAAUUCCUGGUGGUGUGGGCACUGGUGCUGCUGGCAGACUUUGUCCUGGAGUUCAGGUUUGAGUAUCUCUGGCCGUUUUGGCUCUUCAUCCGGAGCGUGUACGACUCCUUCAGAUACCAGGGGCUGGCGUUCUCUGUGUUUUUUGUAUGUGUUGCAUUCACAUCAGAUAUCAUAUGCCUGCUCUUCAUCCCAGUGCAGUGGCUCUUCUUUGCUGCCAGCACAUACGUUUGGGUGCAGUAUGUGUGGCACACAGAAAGAGGAGUAUGUCUGCCCACUGUCUCUCUGUGGAUACUCUUUGUUUAUAUUGAAGCGGCCAUUCGUUUUAAAGACUUGAAGAAUUUCCAUGUCGACCUGUGCCGUCCAUUUGCUGCUCACUGCAUUGGCUAUCCAGUGGUAACGCUGGGCUUUGGUUUUAAGAGCUAUGUGAGCUAUAAGAUGCGUCUGCGGAAGCAGAAGGAGGUGCAGAAGGAGAAUGAGUUCUACAUGCAGCUCCUACAGCAGGCCCUGCCACCAGAGCAACAGAUGCUCCAGAGACAGGAGCGGGAGGCCGAGGAAGCAGCCCCAGCCAAAAGCCUGUCCGAGGCAGACUCAACACUUGUGGCACAGAACGGCACUCCGGCCACCAAGAAACUACCCAUCUCUCUGCCUGAGCUGGAGUAUAGAGAUAAGGCUAAGGAAAGUGGCAAGGAUAAAGAGGCCAAAAAACAGCACAGCAUAGGAAUAAACAACAACAUCUUACAGACUGUGGACUCUAAACUGCAGGAAAUUGAAUAUAUGGAAAAUCACCUGAACAGUAAGAGACUGAACAACGAGUUAGGUGGCAGCGCUGAGAACCUUCUCCUCAAAGAGGAGGCGGGCAGUGGAGCCGUAGGACCCGCCUCCUCCAAAAACUACAAAAACUCCUCGCCUCGCAGUCACAGCUCCACCAAUGGCAGCGUGCCCUCUUCCUCUUCCACGUCCUCAUCAUCCAAUAAGAACGAAAAGAAGCAGAAGAGCGCAGGGAAAAACCCUGCACUCCACAGAGAUCUCAUGGAAAACUGUAUACCCAAUAACCAGCUCAGUAAGCCGGACGCAUUAGUGCGGCUGGAGCAGGACAUAAAGAAGCUGAAGGCAGACCUGCAGGCCAGCCGUCAGGUGGAGCAGGACCUGCGCAGUCAGAUCAGCUCUCUCAGCAGCGCGGAGAGAAGCAUGCGCUCAGAGCUGGGCCAGCUCCGCCAGGAGAACGAACUGCUGCAGAACAAGCUUCACAACGCUGUGCAGGCCAAGCAGAAGGACAAGCAAACAAUAGUUCAGCUGGAGAAGCGUCUGAAGGCAGAGCAGGAGGCCAGAGCAGCUGCGGAGAAACAGCUGGCCGACGAGAAGAAGAGGAAGAAGAUGGAGGAGGCCACAGCAGCGCGUGCCGUCGCUCUAGCCGCAGCCUCCAGAGGAGAGUGCACAGACUCUCUUAGAGGACGUAUAAGAGAGCUGGAGUCAGAGUGCAAAAAGCUUACCAUCGACAUGAAGCUUAAAGAGGAGCAGAUCCGAGAGCUGGAGGUCAAAGCGCAGGAGUUGCGUAAAUAUAAGGAGAAUGAGAAGGACACAGAGGUUCUGAUGUCAGCGUUGUCAGCCAUGCAGGAUAAAACCCAGCACCUGGAGAACAGCCUCAGUGCUGAGACCCGGAUCAAGCUGGACCUCUUCUCUGCACUGGGAGAUGCCAAGAGGCAGCUUGAGAUUGCCCAAGGUCAGAUCCUGCAGAAGGAGCAGGAGAUUAAGGAGCUGAAGCAGAAGAUAGCCGAGGUCAUGGCAGUCAUGCCCAGCAUUGCCUACUCCACCGAUGCCAACACCAUGGCCCCCGUUACCCCGCACUACUCCUCCAAAUUCAUGGACACCAGUCCCUCCAGCCUGGACCCCAACGCCUCCGUCUACCAACCGCUCAAAAAGUGAAUGCUCACAUCCUGCUCUCUGUCUCUCCCUCCAUUUCAUUCACUUCAUUUGGCCAAGUUCAGUGUGUGUA